GGAUUUUUCCACUCUCAGCUGAUUUUGUGUUUGUGUGCGAGUGGUGAGAAAGAGUACAUUUUGUCUGCGUAGAAAAAGGCAGUCACUUUUUUUGCAUUUGAAAAGAAAAGCUCAAUUAGUUCAGGAAAAAAGUCUAAUGGAGGGUGUGAGUGGGUGGUAAAGGUGCAAGGUGUGCAUUGUGUGUGCUGUGGGCUAAAAAGUGGGCCAUCCAAAAAAGAGCUGCCAAAGUGAAAAGUUGAUUGUGUAAAACGAUGACGCAGUUUGUUGAAAUCCACUGAAAUUGCCUAGUUAUGUGUUUGGCUGCCUUCCAGAGAGAAGCAAUUCAACGUGUUUGUCUGAAGCCCCAAGAUGUCGGAGUCUCCACGUCGUGGCGCCCGCAGCGUCCCGGCUGUGGUACCCCCACAGCCGGUGUGUGAUCGUUCGGUGCUGGACAGCGUGGCGGGUUUCAUCAAUGAUGUCACCCUCACGUCAUCCGGAAGCCCCGGGGACGGGGGCAAAGACUCCAUCCUGUGGGCUCGCUUCGAGACAGAUGCCGACGUGAGUGAUCUGAAGUUCGGUGAGGAUUGGGAUGUUGAGGCAGAAUGCGCUCCGCCACUUCUGCUGACCCUUGGCUAUGGCAGUGGGGUUCAGAUGUGGGCCAUUCCGGCCACUGGGGAGGCCGUUGAGGUGCUCUCGUGGCGUCAUGGCAGUGUAAAGUGUCUACGGGUGCUGCCAACACCGAUUCCCGAUGAUUCUGACAUGGCAGAUGUGCCGUGCGAUCAGUUUGCCUCCAAGCGCCCCAUUAUGGCGCUCUGUGACAGCCCACAGGCACCGACAGGCGGGGGAACAGCCUACUGUUCCGUCACCUUUGUCUCCCUUGCCGAUGGGGAUGUGGUUAAGAGCAUCAAGUUCAAGAAUCCCAUCGUGGAUAUCCUCGCCAAUAGAUCCACCAUCGUGGUGACCUUCCAGGAGAGGAUAGCCGUCUUCGAUGCUAGGAAUUUCGAGGAUAGAUGCACCGUGACCACUUGUCACCCAAGUCCAGGACUCAAUCCAAAUCCUGUGGCUCUUGGGUCGAGAUGGAUGGCAUAUGCUGAACGUCGGCUAAUGUCAAAGCGCAGCAGUGGAGGAUGCGAUUGCGACGGUGUGGCCAGCUACACUGCCACCAUGUUGAAUGCAGCAAAGAGCCUCGGAAAGGGUCUACGAGAGCUGGGAGAGUCCGUAGCAGCGGGAUUUACAAGUCAAGCACAGCCACAGGCUGGAAGUCCUGGCUCCGGCAGCUCCACACCCGUUUCAGAUCCUCGUCAACCCGGUGUGGUCACCAUCAUGGACAUCAAGCACCCAAUAAAAGACAUCAGCCCCACCACGGGGGCCCCUAUCUCAGCCUCCGGCAUAGACCCAAUUGUGGCUCACUUUGUAGCACAUUCAGACGCAAUUGUGGCUCUGCAGUUUGACCCAUCGGGCAUGCUUCUACUAACAGCUGAUCGCCGUGGCCAUGACUUCCAUGUCUUUCGUAUUCAUCCCCAUCCAAGUGGGGCUUCGCAUGCGGCCGUGCAUCACCUGUAUGUUCUCCAUCGUGGCGACACAACGGCCAAAGUGCAGGACAUUGUGUUCUCGCUGGAUUCUCGCUGGGUCGCCGUGAGUAGUCUGCGUGGCACAACGCAUGUUUUCCCCGUGACACCCUACGGUGGACCAGCGGGUAUUCGCACACAUGGCUCACCGCACGUUGUCAAUCGUCUGUCGCGCUUCCAUCGCUCAGCGGGACUCUCCAUGGACGGUGCUCGUUCCAGCAGUCCCGUCUCCUACACGGACACCCCGCAUGGGAACAAUCACACUGGCAGUGCAUACACCAAUCCCCGUUUGCCUCCCUUCCCCCAUCCAACUGUCAUUCUGCCACUCACGCAGCUGCGACAGCCCACAACGCUUGUCUCAGUGGCCGGGUCGGGACCUGCAACAUACCCAAAGGGUAGGCAGCGGCAUUCAUCGCUCUCCGAUGAUCCCAACUCCAUGAAACCCUUGAGAAUGUGUGCCACUUUUGCGCGCCCCCGAGCGUGGCUUUUGGACCCACCGGGGAGUGCCAGGGAGGCACCAUCAAUCAGAAUGCAAAGGCGUGCCGUGGAUUCACUCUUCAUUAUGGCUGGGCAUGGGGCACUCAUUCAGUACGAUCUGGAGCCCAAGCACACCACAAGUGUAGCCAAGGAGAGAGUUAGCGAUGAUACGCCGAUUGAGUUGGAUGUGGAGGCAAAGGCGCAGUGGAAUCUUCUCAGGACGGCGGAUUCUCUCACAGAGAUUCAGCCACCACUGCCGUCGGAUAAUUGGCUUCUGCGAGAUCGUGUGUUUGAGACCGAGAAUGCAGAGGAUGUGCGUGAAGGGGAGCGCGAUGAUCGCUGGUUGGCACAGGUGGAGAUUAUCACGCAUGCUGGACCCCACAGGCGUCUUUGGAUGGGUCCGCAGUUCAUCUUUAAGACCUACAACACACCAAGUGGUUCAUCUUUGAGUCACAUUGAUGCAGAAUCCGUUGAAGUGGGCAUUGCAACGGCCAGUGGUCCCCUACCGGCACGUUCAAACCCAAUGAAUAUGCCAAUUACAACCACAGGACGUCCCAUUGUGCCCGUCCUUAUUGAAUCAGGAUCAUACAGUAGCUACGAACCGAGUCCACGACUAACGGACCAAUUCCGUCACGAUGACAUGGAUCCCGACUUCUCGCUGGGGCCUCGUGAGUCCCAGCUGCGUGAGGACCUCGCUGAUGCCAUGCGCGAGUCCCCCAAUGUGUCGCGCGAUGCAACAGGUCCACCAUCAUCGUGCGCGGCUGUUUCCGUGCGACGUGACAUGUCCACCAUGGCGGUGGGGCACUUAACACCACCGCCAAGUGGUGGGACAUCGCGUUCCGUGGCCAAGGUGGUCAAUCCAUUGGGUACAGUGACCACUGUUACGCAAUCCGUGGCAACGUCCUGUGAGAUGGACACAUGCCUUGCAGAUCACUAUCUGCACGAGAAUUGCGAUGAGGCACUCUUUCGGCCCGUGAUCACAGUGAUAAGUGACGUGAGGAUGGCCCCUAGUGAGGAGGUAGUGUCCCACGAUGUCCCCGAACCCGUUGGGAUGGAGCUUAUUGUGCCAGUUGUUGAGGAACAUCAAGUGCCACAGAAAAUUCCCGAACCGCAAGUCACGGAGCGUGUGGCGGACCUUGCCGUUGGGAAGAAAUCCAAUGGGCGGAAGAAGAAGGAACCAUCACCGCCACCUGAGGUGCCCGUUGUGGAACCCGAAGAACCACCCAGAUUACCAAAACCCCGCAAAAAAUCCCAACUUGGAGUGGAGAAACCCCGUAAAGCACGAAAGGGGGGCAAAAAUGCUGAAAUACCUCCGGAGGAGGAGCCAAGUCGCCCCAAUGAGGAGAUUGAGAGUAAAAUCGAUGAAAUCUUGCUGGCUGAACUUCAGCCACCGGAAGAUGAACCCGAUUUGCCACACUACAGGGCACUCAAGGAGGAUUUUCAAAUGAUUCAAGAUAGUUUGCUCAAAGAUUCAAUUGUUAUGACCACGACAGCAACAACAUCAAAGCCUGAUGACCAAUUUCCGGAAAUUGUGAAUGAUUUCUUCGAUGUGACCACAACAAAGUUGGAUUUGGAAUUUCCGGAUGUGGAACCACUAGCCCCAUUGGAGCCGUUUGAAUUGAAAUUCGAACCAAUGUAUGGGUAUGAGAAGGAGGAGCCACCACCAAUGUUUGACAGUAGACGACGAUCGGAUUCGCGGGAGAAGAAGCAAUUCUGGUCCGAUUACUGCUAUGACAGCUACGAGGAGAAAAUGCCCGAGAAUAAUCCCACCGAACGGAUUCUCUCCGUUAGUGGCUCAUCGGAAAAUGACUCGGAGUCAUCAUCGGGACCUGAAAAGGCGAGCGAGGGGAGCGAUGGGCACGACGAAGAGCUGCAGCCACUCAUAAAUGCCAGUGGUGGGGCAAGUGAGGGGUCGCCACUGUCGGAUAGAUAUGCUGCUGAACAGAAAUCCGACAAGGAGUGUGCAAAAGUAUCCGAAACACUGCCAGCGGCCAACCAAAGUGAUUCAAAGCAGCAAAAGAAGAAAUCGCGCAGGAAAAAGAGAUAAAACUGCGCGAGGUUAAUACAAAAGGAAAUAUAACUCUUGAAAAAUAAAAAUUGUACAGAAAUCAUCACAAAAAAAA